CCGCUCCAGGUCUUUGAUGUUUCUGUGCUGCGGCUACGGUCGUGUUUUGGUCAGGAGGAGGUAGAAAGAUGACAGCCAGAAAGUCCGGCUCGCGAUUAGAGACUGAAAUAGAGCGCUGUCGAUCAGAGGGACAAUGGGACAAGAUAGCAGAGCUCGUGCGGCAGAUGUCUGCGAAACUCAUCUCAAACGAUGAUCUCGGAGAGCUUCUGCUUGGGGAGGCCAAACUCCAGCAGUACCUCAAGGAAAACCCCAUCAAGCAGGGAGCCAGUCCCCCCGGGCCCCGACCAGGCCUCCAGGAGGUACGGAAACACUUGACGGCUGCACUUGAUCGGGGAAACUUAAAGCCUGAGUACAUGCAGGAGGCCAGUCUGGUCAUGGCUAAGCUGUGCUACGUAGAGGGUGAUUAUGGGGAAGCACUGAAUCAGUACAGCCGUGUGAAUCUGGAUGAGAUGCAGCUGGUAGGGUCUCCAGUGUACAGACUCUCCAUGAUUGCUGAGGCCUAUGCCACCAAAGGUCUUUGUUUGGAGAAAGUGCCCAUGGCGUCCCCGUCACUGUCCAAUCGUAAUGCAGACAGAGACCAGGAGAUCAUCACUUGUUAUGAGAAGUCUGGAGACAUCGCCCUUCUUUAUCUUCAGGAGGUAGAAAAGGCUCUUAGUGUUGGCAUUCAGAACCGAAGUCCAAAGCCCGGUCCGGUCACACAGGACCAGGAACUUGGCUUCUUCCUGGAGACAGGACUUCAGAGGGCUCAUGUUAUUCAUUUCAAAAAUGGUAACCUGACCCGUGGUGUCGGCCGUUUCCGAGAGAUUCUCAGAGCCGUUGAGACCAGAACCACUCAGAACCUGCGUAUAACUAUCGCCAGGCAGCUUGCAGAGAUCCUGCUGAGGGGCAUGUGUGAACAGAGUUACUGGAAUCCACUAGAAGACCCCCCUCACCACUCCCCCCUGGACGAGCUGCUAAGACACUCCCCCCACACUAAGGACUACGCCCUCAGCCGCCGCCCACGCAUCUACUCAGGAGAAAAUUUGUUUUGUCCACAGGAGAACACAGAGGAGGCCUUACUCCUGUUGUUAAUCAGCGAGUCCAUGGCUAACAGAGAUGCCGUAUUGAGUCGAAUCCCUGAACACAAUAAUGACCGAAUCAUCAGCCUCCAGAGCGCCUCACUGGUGUACGACCUGCUGACCAUCGCGCUCGGCCGUCGCGGACAGUAUGAGAUGCUCUCAGAGUGUCUCGAAAGAGCCAUGAAGUUUGCCUUUGAGGAGUUUCAUCUCUGGUUCCAGCUUGCUCUUUCCCUAAUGGCUGCUGGGAAGUCGGCCCGAGCAGUGAAGGUGCUAAAGGAGUGUAUGAGACUGAAGCCGGAAGAUCCCACCAUUCCUCUGCUGGCCGUCAAGCUGUGUAUUGGAAACCUGCACUGGCUGGAAGAAGGUGAGCUCUUUGCUAAAAUAGUGAUUGAUAUGGGUGAGAAGGCGGCUGAAUUCAGGGCCAAAGGCUAUCUAGCUAUUGGUCUCGUCUACAGCCUGAAAGCCACAGAUGCAUCUCUUCGAGGAAUGCAGGAAGAGUAUCAGAAAAAAGCACUAAGCGCUUUCCAGAGGGCACAGAGUCUGUCCCCCACUGAUCAUUUAGCUGUUUUCUACCUGGCACUGCAGCUGGCUGUAUCUCGACAGAUUCCAGAGGCUCUUGGUUAUGUACGACAGGCGUUACAGCUGCAGGGCGAUGAUGUUCAUUCACUGCACCUGCUGGCCUUGCUGCUGUCAGCUCAAAAACACUACCACGAUGCUCUCAACAUCAUCGAGAUGGCCCUCAGCGAAUACCCCGAAAACUUCAUUAUAUUAUUCACAAAGGUGAAGUUGGAGACAUUGUGUCGAGGUCCAGAAGAAGCAUUACUCUCCUGCAAACGCAUGCUGCAGAUUUGGAAGUCCUGUUACAACCUCACCAACCCCAGUGAUUCUGGGAGGGGGAGCAGUCUGUUAGACAGAGCUGUUGCUGACCGUCGUCAGCUGAAUGCCAUGACACUACCUGACUUCAGUGAUCCAGAGACAGGCUCUCAUGCCUCUUCCUCCUUCUCUGGGUCAGAACCUGAAUCUCCUCUUUUUCCUCUUUCAUCCUUCUAUUCUUCACCUCCACCCAAGGCCGAAUCCACCCAGAAGCACAGCAGCCAUGCUUUCUGUGACCAUGCCCCCCGCCGACGCUUCUCCUCCGCCAGCAACCUUCCAGAUGCUUUCUUUCAUGGUUUUGACUCCUUUAUUGGGGUUUGUUCCGUCCACGCCACCUCCAUAGCAGCGUCCCGGGUGGAGCAGGCACUGUCUGAGGUGGCCUCUUCCCUUCAGAGCAGCGCUCCGAAACAGGGACCCCUCCACCCUUGGAUGACCCUUGCCCAGAUCUGGCUGCAUGCAGCGGAGGUGUAUAUUGGAAUGGGAAAGGCGGCGGAGGCAGCAGCAUGUACACAGGAAGCAGCCAGCCUGUUCCCCAUGACCCAUAAUGUGUUGUUUAUGAAGGGUCAGGUGGCGGAGCUGCGGGGGAACGUGGACGAGGCCAAGCGCUGGUACGAGGAGGCGCUGUCCAUCAGCCCCACCCACGUCAAGACCAUGCAGAGACUGGGUCUGAUAUUGCAUCAGCUGCAGAGGUACAGUCUUGCGGAGAAGAUCUUGCGUGACGCGGUGCAGGUGAACAGUACGGCCCAUGACGUGUGGAACAGUCUUGGAGAAGUGCUGCAAGCACAAGGCAACGACGCUGCUGCCACCGAAUGCUUCCUUACUGCCCUGGAGCUGGAGGCCAGCUGUCCCAUCUUACCUUUCACCAUCAUCCCCCGCACCCUCUGAGACCCUCCGAACACUCACCACCGGCACCAACAAAACCUCUGUCUGAGAAUCAUGCAUGAACCACAGCCCUUAAACACACAAACAAACGCCAAAUAAA